CCUUUGUCUGUUCUGUCAAGUCCGUAAACUCGGCAAAAUCGAAUUUUCCGUAGUAUUAUUUUUUAAAUGAUUUGUAUGAAAGAAAUAUGCAAUAAUGCAUAACCCUAAUUUGUAAUUCUAAUGGUGACGUGUACAAAAGUCAUUUUCAGAAGUUGUUGUUUAAAUUAAGUGUAUUAUGGUGUCUAACGAGAUGCAGUCGUCAUUGGAUGAUUUAGUCCAAUAUACACAGCUAUUUAAGCCUGUAGCGACUGUUCUGCAAGGGACAGUCCUGCCCUUUCUCAUUUUAUAUCCGGUGAUAUUUUAUUCAUGGAUUGUGGUGUACGGUUUCGAGGACAACGUGGAGGCAGGGUUUGUGGUCGUCGCUGUCGUGGCCACGAUUCAAAUCCUCGUUUGUUUAUGUUGCUAUUGGAGUGUUCACAUUCAAUGUUUCCUGUCGUGUUCUAAGGUAAAAGACCCCAUACAAGCGGAGAUUGUCAAAGUUGUUCCAACUCCGAACAAUGGAUUUUCUGAAAUCGUCAAGUUACAUCAUACUAAGUCCACAAAGAAAGGCAGUCUCAACCCCGAUGUAUGGUUCAUGUUCCAAAAGAGUAAAUAUGUUUAUGACUGGGAUAAGAAGUCCUUCAGCACAGUGGAGUUCCCCAUCAACAAAACACAUGACCACUACUUAGAAUCCAAGGGGUAUGCAGAUGAUGAAGCUAUUGAAAUGGCAGAAAAGGAAUUUGGGAAGAAUGAGAUGGUUAUGGUGGUACCAGAGUUCAUGGAACUAUUUAAAGAAAGGGCAACAGCACCAUUCUUUGUAUUCCAAGUGUUCUGUGUAGCUCUCUGGUGUCUUGACAAGUACUGGUACUACUCCAUAUUCACCCUCGUCAUGUUGGUCAUGUUUGAGUGCACCCUGGUCCAACAGCAGCUUAGGAAUAUGUCAGAAAUCAGAAAAAUGGGCAACAAGCCAUACAACAUUAAUGUUUAUAGAAACAGAAGAUGGCGACAGAUAUUAAGUGACCAGUUGGUGCCUGGAGACAUUGUCUCCAUUACACGUUCCGUCAACGAAAACCUUGUACCAUGUGAUAUAGUUCUGUUAAGAGGUUCCUGUAUAGUAGAUGAAUCUAUGUUAACUGGCGAGAGUGUCCCGCAAAUGAAGGAGCCUCUAGAAAAUGAAAAGAACACACAACAGCACUUAGAGCCCGAGGGCGACGGAAAAUUACAUUUGCUGUUUGGUGGCACUAAGAUUGUACAACAUUCGUCACCAAGUAAAACAUCAGGUCUGAAAGCACCUGACAAUGGAUGCAUUGGCUAUGUCAUUCGGACAGGAUUUAACACAUCACAGGGUAAACUUUUAAGGACCAUUUUAUUUGGAGUAAAAAGAGUCACUGCCAAUAAUCUAGAAACCUUUGGGUUUAUUUUGUUUUUGUUAAUAUUCGCGAUCGCAGCCGCUGCAUAUGUUUGGGUGAAGGGCUGUGAGGAUCCUACAAGAAAUCGUUAUAAGUUAUUUUUGGAGUGCACUUUGAUAUUAACAUCUGUUGUUCCACCAGAGCUGCCUAUAGAGUUGUCUCUAGCGGUGAACACAUCUUUGCUCUCCCUAUCGAAACUAGCAGUAUUCUGUACAGAACCAUUUAGGAUACCGUUUGCUGGUAAAGUUGAAAUUUGCUGUUUUGACAAAACAGGCACAUUGACCAGCGACAACUUAGUUGUAGAAGGCGUAGCUGGCAUCGGCGAACAUAAAGACGCCACUGUCAUUCCACUCUCUGAAGCUCCUAUGGAAACAAUACAAGUAUUGGCGUCUUGUCAUUCACUUGUUCAACUAGACGACGGAAUAGUCGGAGAUCCAUUAGAAAAGGCCACUUUGAAGGCUGCCGAAUGGAACCUAACUAAAGGGGACGCUAUAGUGCCAAAGAAAGGUAAAUCGCCCGGUCUAAAGAUCGUCCACAGAAACCACUUUGCAAGUGCCCUGAAAAGGAUGUCUGUGAUCGCCGGUUACCAGGUAACCGAGAGAGGGUUCAUAGAGACUCACUAUAUCAGCAGCGUCAAGGGCGCGCCAGAAACGGUCAAGUCUAUGCUGAAAGAGGUUCCUAGUCAUUACGACCACGUUUAUUUGACAUUGUCGCGCAGGGGCGCCAGGGUCUUAGCUUUAGGUUAUAGGAAUUUAGGAAAGUUAAGCUCUCAAGCAAUCCGUGAUUUAUCAAGGGAAGAUAUAGAGUCCGAAUUGACGUUCGUCGGCUUCGUAAUCAUUUCGUGUCCACUGAAAGCGGACUCGAAAAAGGCUAUAGCGGAGAUAGUUCACGCGUCGCAUUCCGUAGUUAUGAUAACUGGUGACAAUCCUUUAACGGCAUGUCAUGUGGCUAAAGAGUUGAAUUUUACGCAAAAGGAAGUUCUCAUUUUAACUCAAACUAAAGAAGAAUGGGGAUGGAAAUCUAUAGAUGAAGAAGUGUUUUUACCAGUACAGCCAUUUAAGAAAAGUAAGCAGUUGACUUCUAAGUUUGAUCUAUGUGUUACCGGCGAGGGUCUGAGCCAUCUGAAUGAGAGUUAUUACAAGUUCAUGAUAGAGCUGAUGCCUCACAUAAAGGUGUUCGCGCGGUUCGCGCCGAAGCAGAAGGAGUUCGUGGUGGUAACGUUGAAAGCUCUCGGGUAUUCUACGUUGAUGUGCGGCGAUGGUACUAAUGAUGUGGGAGCUCUGAAACAUGCUGAUGUGGGCGUAGCGAUCCUCGCAAACGCUCCCGAGCGCCUGCGCGAGCGCGCCGCCCCGGAGCCCGCGGCGCCGCGGCGCGCGCGGGACCCGCGUGACCCGCGUGACCCGCGCGACCCGCGCGACCCGCGCGAGGCGCGCGCCGAGGCCGCGGCCCGGCUGCGCCGUGCGAUGAAGAAGCUGGAAGAAGAGGAUCAACCGCAGUUGGUUAGAUUAGGGGACGCCAGCGUCGCCGCGCCGUUCACUAGUCGGCUCUCUAGUAUUCUGUGCAUUUGCCACAUCAUCAAGCAAGGUCGAUGCACUCUCGUCACCACUCUCCAAAUGUUCAAGAUCCUAGCCCUAAACGCCCUCAUACUGGCCUACAGUCAAUCAGUGUUGUAUCUCGACGGAAUCAAGUUCAGCGACACGCAGGCGACUCUGCAAAGCUUGCUGUUGGCUUCGUGUUUCUUAUUCAUAUCGCGGUCUAAGCCUCUAAAGCAGCUGUCAAAGCAACGCCCGCUGCCGAACAUCUUCAACGUGUACACGAUAAUGACGGUGCUCACACAGUUCGCGGUGCACUUCCUCUGUCUGGUUUACUUAGUCCGUGAGGCCACGGAGCGCUCGCCUGGCAGAGACACGAAGCCGAAGUUAGACAUGGACCUGGCCGAAGACGAGGAACGCGAGUUCGCGCCCGACCUGCUCAACAGCACCGUGUACAUCAUAUCCAUGGCGCUGCAGAUAUCCACAUUCGCGAUCAACUAUAGGGGCGAGCCGUUCAUGGAAGGCCUACGAGACAACAAGCCGCUGCUGUACAGCAUCGUGGUGUCCGGCGGCGCCGUGUUGGCGCUGGCCGCAGGGAUACUGCCAGAUCUGUCCAGUAUGUUCGAGAUAGUCUACUUCCCGCCCGAUUACCGGCUCAUCCUCGUCCAAGUCCUAAUAGCGGACAUGGUGUUCGCGUACCUAGUGGACCGCGCCUGCCUGUGGCUGUUCGGUGAAGGCCGCUCGCUCGCGACCUAGCGUCCGGUCUCAACCUAUUUUGUACGCUCGCGUAUUGUAUUAAGGUUCAUUUUAAACGUAUCGGAAUGAGAAUCUACUACUAUGGUAAUGUUCACAUGUAUUGGGAAUGAUUGGUGGCAGGGGUUGUGCAUAUACGGUUUUUUCAACCCUAAGCCAAAUUUCCCGAGGUUAAUAUAAUUAUUCGAUAGCGAAGCGCAAGCGAUCGUCACCUUGGCUAGGCCGCUUGCAAAGAAAAGUUCUAAUUUAUAAUAAGGCAAACUCAUAAAAGAAUAGUUUAUUUUCUUUCCGAUACGGUUAUUAUUUGUAUCGAAAUUCGUAUCGGUCUCCGUAUGGGUUGAUCUCGUAUCGAGACUCGAUAUGACGCUCAAUUAUUGCAUUUACCUGUAAGUAUGCCGAGUAGGGCUCGCACAGUUGGGGAAUGCUCCCGGUACUGAGUUUGUAUGGCGAGAACCGGGAAUUCCCGGUCCCGGUACUGUAUUUGUAUAGAAAACCAGUACCCGGAGCACUCCCUACUCGCACUACUAGUCGCCACUUUGAAUCACACAACAAAGUUCAUCAAAAACUAUUAUACCCCGUUAUUUUUAGAUUAGAUUUUUUUUAACCUCAAAAGUAGUUGUAAUUAACUUUUUCAUCCGAAAUGCUAAGGUAAUAUUGCGGUACAAUAAACACUACACACACUAAACGACACUAUAAUUCAGUGCAUUAUUACUCAGAUUUAAUUUCGGAGGAAAAAAGUUACCACUACUUUUGAAAAAAGGUACAUUUCUAAGGACCAAGAAAUUCAGGCUACUCUUAGUUGAUACAAAAAUAAGAAGUUUUUAACCCUUUGUUUGCAAUUCGGAUCCGAAAUGUAUGAAAUUAUCCGUAUCUGGAUCCGGAUCCUCGGAUCUUCCCAUACAUUUCGGAUCCGUCGUGCAAACCCUAGCCUGCCUUAUCGUAUGUAUCGAUAUUGGGCCGUUGUCGCACGCGUCAGUUGACGUCUUUGGCGAUUAUAGGGUUAAGGACACGAUCAACGUCACGUUUGUCAAAUCUAACAAGCCGUUGAUAAUCGUUUGUUCUUAUCCGCCAUUCCGACAUUUCUAUUUGUUAGAGAGAGACACAAUGUAACAGAGGUUUAUAAGAGGUUGCUGAGUGUUAUGAAUAUUAAAAGGUCGUGUCUCGAGUUACCUUCGUAUGAAACUUCUAAAAACGAUCGAUUUCGAUUCCUAGCUGACAGUUCACAGCAAAGAUACAUUGAUUGAGUAAGAUGCGUAAAAUCGAAGACAAUUUCGUGUUUCGAAUUUGACAGGUAAACGAGAUGGCGCUGUACAGCUCCAUACAUUUUGCGCUGAUUGUCAAAAGUUGACGUUUGACAAUAACUAAAUUAUUCAGUGUAUAUAUAUAAUAUAUGUAUAUUAUUAUUGACUUUUUGUUGUCAAAAUAUACCUUAAGUAUUAAUUACUUCAUUUCUCUUGCAUUGAUGAAUAAAUCAAUGUUACUUAUUGUGGUGAUACGGUCUGGCGACUAGUAAGUGUCGAGCCCCAGUUAAUGAAUGUGUCAGUGGUAUUCUAUUUAUGUACUAAACGUGUAGUAUUAUCUAUUUUGGACCCGCGGCAUGUAAGAAAAUAAAGUUUUCUGACAAACACUUAAUUUUAUUUAAAUCCUGAUUAUGCUGCUGAGUAUUGAAAUUUGAGACACUAUUGUUUUCACAUUUGAAUUUCACAGUCAAUUCAUAGG